CCCGAAUCUUUAACAAAACCCUGUUUUCUAAAACCCUAAACUCAGCUAAACUUCUUCUUCUUCUUCUUCGUUCAAGGUUUUGGAAAACUAUUUGGUUCUUUGGAAAAUUCUUAGGUUUUUAUAAUGGGUCUACCUUCGAAGCGGUCGAAAAAAGCGCAAGACAUCGACAGUGAUUUCGAAGAUUUUGAUGAUUUUGAUGAAGACAUGGACAGCAGGAAUCUAACUUUGGGGCAUGAAGAAGCUGAUUAUGAAGAUGAAGAAGGAGAAGCUAACAAUGGAGAUGAGGAGAUGGAACAGCUAGAAGAAGAGUAUAAGAAUCUUAAGCACCAGGAAAUAGAUAUUUUUAAUGAUUUGAAGCGUCACAAGGAUGAAGAUCUUCUUAAGGGUCAGGCGGUGAAGAAUCAAAAGGCUCUCUGGGACAAAGCUUUGGAGCUCAGAUUGUUAGUUCAGAAAGCAUUCUCAAGUGCAAAUAGAUUACCCCAGGAGCCCGUUAGGUCUUCAUUCUGUAAUUCAGAUGAGGGUGUCAAUACAGCAUAUUCAGACCUCAUUACCUCAUCUAAGAAUACUUUAGAUUCCCUAUUGGAACUACAAGAGGCUUUGCUUGAGAAGAAUCCUUCUGUUGCUGAAUCCUCAGAUGGUAAUUCUGAAAGAUCAUCCAAGCAUUCAGAAGCUUCUAAAAACUCAAAUGUUGAAGGUGACGAAGAUUGGUCAAGGGUUUCUCAAUUGCAUUUGAGAAUAGCUUCCUUCAGAGACAAAUCAAUAGACAAAUGGCAGAGGAAGACAGAGGUGGCAACUGGUGCUGCUGCUAUUAAAGGAAAAUUGCAUGCUUUUAAUCAGAAUAUUAGUGAGCAAGUUGCUGAUUAUAUGAGAGAUCCAAGUAGAAUGCUCAAGCAGAUGCAACUGAGGAGAUCAACAGUCAGCGUAUUUGGGACUGAUCCUGACAAGGAGAAUAGCACUAAGGGAGAGGAAGUACAAGCUGAUGGUGAUCCAGAACUUUUGGAUGACUCCGAAUUUUACACUCAAUUAUUGAAGGAAUUCUUAGAGACAAAUGACCCAAAAUCAUCUGAUUUUUAUGCUUUGAAAAGGUUGCAAACUAAGAAGAGAAAGAUCGUCGAUCGGCGUGCCUCAAAGAGUCGCAAGAUAAGGUAUAAUGUUCAUGAAAAGAUUGUCAAUUUCAUGGCUCCUCAGACUAUGGAUCUUCCUCCUAUGGCUCCUAAAUUAUUUGAGAAUUUGUUUGGGUUGAAGACCCAAAAACCAGCUUCUGUUUUCUAGUGUAAGGUCUUAUCAGUUCAUAGGCUUUUGCAAUUUUGUAAUAUUUGUUGACAUAAUUGUUUGUUAUUAUUUAAUUCCUUGAUAUCUUUUAUAUACU